AUGUCCAUUGGCAUUGUGCACUACCAGGUUACGACGGGCGAGAACAUUCCCGUUACUCGCGAAGCGACCGGCGACAUCUCCAAGGACUCGCUGGCUGCGGAGGUCCGCCAGAAGCGGUCCCAGCAACCGCAAGCCCAACCCGGGGGCGGCGUUCUCGAAAGCCAGCAGUCCUACGCGGGCCUGGCGCCGACCUAUGUCACCAACCAGCGGCAUCGCGACCCGGCGGGCCCGCACGGCAGGAACCUCAAGGAGGGCGGCUUCGAAGGUAGCGGCACCGAGGCCGGCCCGCUGCCGGAGCCCGGCAGUAUGGAGGGCCCGACGCGGAUCGCCACCGGCCUGGCCGCCCAGGGACGGAAGGAGGCCGGGACAAAACAGGAGGGCGGCGUGGAGGGAAAGACUUAG